AUGGCACGCCAUUUGAUCGUUCUUGCCCUCCUCUUCUCCGCCGCCUUUGCCGCGGCCCAAUCCCCAUCUGGCGCCCCAUCGGCAUCGCCUGCGGCGGCUCCUUCAAAACCGGCCUCCGCCACCCCCACCGCCGCCCCAAAGGCGGCAGCGGUGCCCGCUUCAGCCCCCACCAAGGCCACCACUCCGACGGCGGCUGUCCCUGCCUCCGCCGCCGCGCCGGAGGAGGAGGCGGCAUCUUCACCAACUCCGGCCAGUGACGCCUCCCCCGCCGCCGCCCCCGGUGGCUCUCCGGCUGAGGCGCCCGCUGCUGAUGCAGCUGAUGCGGCUAAGCCGGCAGCCGAUACCCCCGCUGGUGGCGCCGCUGCUUUGGAGGUCUCCGCCGUCAUGGGCACCGUCGCCGCCGCCGCCGGAGUCUUCUUGUUCUAA